GGCACGAGGGCGGAAGGGGAAAAACUUUAUUUUUUCCUUUAUUCUCGUCUGGGGCUGAAGUGAAGGGCAGGCGACUGCGCCAGCACCGAGAGAGCCGGGCCCGCCCCCGGCCCGCUGAGCGCCGAGGAGCUGGGCCGCGGCGGCCUGGAGGGGCGCCCGGCAUGUGGGACCCCCAGGACUUUGAGCGCCACUGGCAGGCCGAGUUCCCCGGGGAGGACGUGCCUGUCAUGCGGUUGGAGUCGGUGCUAGACAUGGAGCGCGAACUGGAGCGCAGCAGACUCAACCUGAAGUGGCUGCAACAGGUGCUGGCUGAGGAGAAGUUCAAAGUCGUCUACCUGCAGGCGGCCCUGGAGAAGCGGGACCUCGGCAGCGGGCGCCUGGAGGGCGGAGACGGCGACAGCGGGGGGACCUCGGCCGAGGAGCCGGCGCCCGCGGACCCCCGGGGCCCCUCCAUCCCCGACCCGGAGGUGGCCGCGAAGGCCGAGAGUCCCCCAUUCGUGAGCCUGGACCUCCCCCGCUGGCGCGGGGCGGCGGGGGCAGGGGGCGCGGUGCGCAGCUUGACUGCAGCCAUCCACCAGCAGCUCCUGCAGCCUCGCCUCCUCUUCAGGCCCCGGGAGGACUGCGCGCCCCCCGGGCACGAUGGCACAGUUCCCGGCGCCGCAGGAGAGGAGCGGUCCGCCGGGAACCGCGCGGGGCGGGGCUCGGAGGAGGGCGAGCCGGACGCCUCGGGCGCGGACGAUGGGGGCGACAGCAGUGACCAUGACUUCGAGAUGGUGGAUUUGAAUGAGAAAUUCGUCCUUGGUCAGUUGCUCGUGGCCCCCUGCCGGCCCGGGACCUGCUAUGAGGCUGAAAAGCCGGCGCGGGCGUGCAACACCCAUCGUUUGAAGCACCUGAUCCUCGGCGGCCGGCGGCAGCUGCGCGGGAGCCGCGACCUGGAGCAACUGGAGGCAGAGGCCAAGGACGGGCGGGGCUCGCCCCCGGUGGCAGAGGAGCCGCCACGGCGGAGGGCUCGCGAGCACCUCCCCCCGUGGCGGCGCAAGAGGUACCUGGGGUUGCCGGAGCGGGACUCGCCGGGCCACAGCUCGCCCGAGAGGGGCAGUGACUGCAGCUACAACAGCUCCGACCACGAGGACGGCUCCUUGGCAGACUUCAGCUACGGGGCAGACGACUACGACGGAGAGGGGAAUGAGGAGCAGAAGGGGCCCCCGGAGGGCUCGGAGACCAUGCCGUACAUCGACGAGUCGCCCACCAUGUCACCCCAGCUCAGCGCCCGGAGCCAGGGCGGCGGGGACAGCAUCUCCCCCACCCCACCCGAGGGGCUGGCACCAGGGGUGGAAGCAGGGAAAGGCCUGGAGAUGAGGAAGCUGGUUCUCUCGGGCUUCCUGGCCAGUGAAGAGAUCUACAUUAACCAGCUGGAAGCUCUUCUGCUGCCCAUGAAACCCCUGAAGGCCACAGCCACCACCUCCCAGCCCGUGCUCACCAUCCAACAGAUCGAGACCAUCUUCUAUAAGAUCCAGGACAUCUACGAGAUCCACAAGGAGUUCUAUGACAACCUCUGCCCCAAGGUGCAGCAGUGGGACAGCCAGGUCACCAUGGGCCACCUCUUCCAGAAGCUGGCCAGCCAGCUUGGUGUGUACAAAGCAUUUGUGGAUAACUAUAAAGUCGCUCUGGAGACAGCUGAGAAGUGCAGCCAGUCCAACAACCAAUUCCAGAAGAUCUCUGAGGAACUCAAAGUGAAAGGUCCCAAGGACUCCAAGGACAGCCACACGUCAGUCACAAUGGAAGCUCUGCUCUACAAACCCAUUGACCGGGUCACCAGGAGCACCCUGGUCCUACAUGACCUACUGAAGCACACCCCCGUGGACCACCCAGACUACCCACUGCUCCAGGAUGCCCUCCGCAUCUCACAGAACUUCCUGUCCAGCAUCAAUGAGGACAUUGACCCCCGCCGGACUGCAGUCACAACCCCCAAGGGGGAGACGCGGCAGCUGGUGAAGGACGGCUUCUUGGUGGAAGUGUCGGAGAGUUCCCGGAAGCUGCGGCACGUCUUCCUCUUCACAGACGUCCUACUCUGCGCCAAGCUGAAGAAGACAUCAGCGGGGAAGCACCAGCAAUAUGACUGCAAAUGGUACAUCCCACUGGCUGACCUAGUGUUUCCAUCCCCCGAGGAGUCUGAGGCCAGCCCCCAGGUGCACCCCUUCCCAGACCACGAGCUAGAGGACAUGAAAAUGAAGAUCUCUGCCCUUAAGAGUGAAAUUCAGAAGGAGAAAGCCAACAAAGGACAGAGCCGGGCCAUCGAGCGCCUGAAAAAGAAGAUGUUUGAGAAUGAGUUCUUGCUGCUGCUCAAUUCCCCCACAAUCCCGUUUCGGAUCCACAAUCGCAAUGGAAAGAGCUACCUGUUCCUCCUGUCCUCGGACUACGAGAGGUCAGAGUGGAGAGAAGCAAUUCAGAAACUACAGAAGAAAGAUCUCCAGGCCUUUGUCCUGAGCUCUGUGGAGCUCCAGGUGCUCACGGGAUCCUGUUUCAAACUUCGGACAGUGCACAACAUUCCUGUCACCAGCAAUAAAGAUGACGACGAGUCUCCAGGACUCUAUGGCUUCCUGCAUGUCAUCGUCCACUCCGCCAAGGGGUUUAAGCAGUCAGCCAACCUGUACUGUACCCUGGAAGUGGAUUCCUUUGGCUACUUUGUCAGCAAAGCCAAAACCAGGGUGUUCCGGGACACAACAGAGCCCAAGUGGGACGAGGAGUUCGAGAUUGAGCUGGAGGGCUCUCAGUCCCUGAGGAUCCUGUGCUACGAGAAGUGCUAUGACAAGACCAAGGUCAACAAGGACAACAACGAGAUCGUGGACAAGAUCAUGGGCAAAGGGCAGAUCCAGCUGGAUCCACAAACUGUAGAAACCAAGAACUGGCACACAGAUGUGAUUGAGAUGAAUGGGAUCAAAGUGGAAUUCUCCAUGAAGUUCACCAGCCGAGACAUGAGCCUGAAGAGGACCCCGUCCAAGAAGCAGACCGGCGUCUUCGGCGUGAAGAUCAGUGUCGUGACCAAGCGGGAGCGCUCCAAGGUGCCCUACAUCGUCCGGCAGUGUGUGGAGGAGGUGGAGAAGAGGGGCAUCGAGGAGGUCGGCAUCUACCGGAUAUCGGGGGUGGCCACAGACAUCCAGGCGCUGAAGGCCGUCUUCGAUGCCAAUAACAAGGACAUCCUGCUAAUGCUGAGCGACAUGGACAUCAACGCCAUCGCCGGCACCCUCAAGCUCUACUUCCGGGAGCUGCCGGAGCCCCUCCUCACAGACCGCCUCUACCCUGCCUUCAUGGAGGGCAUCGCCCUGUCAGACCCUGCUGCCAAGGAAAACUGCAUGAUGCACCUGCUCCGCUCCCUGCCCGACCCCAACCUCAUCACCUUCCUCUUCCUGCUGGAACACUUGAAAAGGGUUGCUGAGAAGGAGCCCGUCAAUAAGAUGUCCCUUCACAACCUGGCUACUGUGUUUGGCCCCACGUUACUGAGACCUUCGGAAGUGGAGAGCAAAGCACACCUCACAUCAGCUGCCGACAUCUGGUCCCACGAUGUCAUGGCACAGGUCCAGGUCCUCCUCUACUACCUGCAGCACCCCCCCAUUUCCUUCGCAGAACUGAAGCGGAACACACUGUACUUCUCCACCGACGUGUAGCCCGAGGCGGGCGCGGCUGUGGGGGCGGCCGGAGCCGGCCCCUCCAGCCGGGGCCCCGACUCAGACUCUAGGGACUACAACAGAGAGCUCCCAAACCCAGCGCGCCAGACUCCAAGGGACACAGAUUUCCAAGAACUGGAAGACGUGCGUCUUUUGUGCCACCUUGUACAAAGCCAGCUGACCCGCACCCCGGGCUCCGCCCUCUGUCCCCCUAGUUGUGUCUAAUGCUCCGUGCCGUUCGGGAAUUGUUUCACGUCUGUCUGUCAUGCGGAAGAGGUAGUGACCGACCUGGUGUGGGCACACAGACGGCCUGCUUUGUUCUUUCAUUUCCCCAACACUUUCUUGCCUCCUGAGUCCAGUCCAAGGGCUUUCAUUUCGCUCUGUAAGCGCUGCCAGCUUCUCCUCUCUUGGCCCUGCUCCCAGAUCGCCGUCUCCUGGCAGCCUCCCGUCUUCCUCCUCCCUCUCCUCCCUCCCCGCCUGCCCGCCUGCAUGUGCAGCCUUGGUUUUCGAUCCAUCGCCUCAAAAGUCGGAGGCAGCCCUGGACGGCGGUGGCAGUGGUGGCUGUCAGAUGCUGCCGCUGGCCGCCCCUGGCGCACUCUGUGCCCUCCGCCUGCGGACGCGCCCGCUUGCCUUGCUGCCUGUGCAAAUGUUGGACAAGGAGACGGACUCACACUAAUCCUCAGCUUAGCACAGGCUGGAGAGCAGAUUUCUGGGAUUUUUCCACUUGAGAAUCUCCGUUUCUGGGGUUUACCUGUUGUCUCUGGUGCGGCAUCUUUGAGUGUCGCUUCUGCUUUUCAGUUCCCUUUUCCCUGGUGUUCUGUUUCCUUUGAGUGGUAGAGACUUACAGGUGACCUGCUAUCAGGGCAGCCAGAGGGUCAGGAAGGAACGCGGGGAGGUGGGCGGGGCGGGACCCAUCCGGGUGGGCGUUCAGAGGAGCAGCAGGGAACUCGGGGGCACGAGGCUCCGGGCAGCGAGGCGUUGCAGUGGCUUUUUAAGUGGGGCCCGGCUUCCGGGGGCGCACCUACUAUGGCUGAGGCAGGUGUCCAGAAACGGGCAGGCUCCACAGGAGGGCUCAGCCUUCCCCGCGUCUCACAGACCUCGUGGUACCUUUGCCUUAGAUUUUACACACUUUCUCCACAGCCAAGCACUGCCAUGGGCAGCCCCACGGCCACGGGUGCUCCAGGGCCUGGGAAAGGCGGGCGUGGUCCAGCAGUAGCCAGCCAUCAUGGUGCUGCCCCCCGACCCCCGGCUUCUGGAUGCAGCCUUUCAGGCGAGCUCUGGGCAACGCCGCAAGGUGGGGAAGAAGCAGGAGUCCCUGGCACCUGCCUCUCUUGGGACUGGGUUUUGCAGGGGACCCUCGUUGUUGACGCUCUACUGCAGAGUUGGAACCAGCAGGUUCCACUCCCAACCUUGAGGCCCUCCUGGGAAGGAAUGAGAAGCACCCCAAAGGGCAGUUUUUCGCACCAGAGCAGAGGCUGCCAGCCUAUGGCAGCUGGCCUGGGAGGGCACGCAGCUCCCUGGCUCUCCUGUGUGGCAGAGACUAGAUUCUCAGCCCUCACGAGUGGCGAGAACAGCUCCCCUGGCCUGAGCUCAGGGCCGUCGUAGAGGACGGUGUGGGGCCUUAACGCUGUAGCACUUGCUCAGUGAGAGGAAGGGCCCUUUCUCACCUUGUUUACGCCUGUUGCCCAAUCGUGGGCAGAACGGUACACAUUUUGUGCGUAUCAGAGGAAAGAGAUGCCUUAGAGGAGGGAAAGACUGGCCGCCCGGCUGCCUGUUAGCAGCUGAGCAAGGAGCCCUGCUCCGAGACAGGUGGAGAAGGAAUGCCACUUGCAUCUAAAGAUCCCCAGUGUCUGACUGUCCCUGGAGCCUGCUCGGCCCUCGGGAGCUGGUGUGUGACAUGGAAGGCUCUUGCUGCCAGAGCCACUGACUGGAACGAACAUUGAAUGGAGGCCCAGCCAGAGCUACUUUCAGCCCCAAAUGGGUACCUCCCACCUCCCCAAACAAGGGACGUUUGCUUCUCAGCAUCAGGUUGCUACUGCAGCCCCCAGCCUUGCUGAGGCAGUUAUGAGAACCGGCUGGGAAACGCGAAAGGCCCAGAAUAGUUACCAAUUCCACCCCCAGAGUGGGGAGGGUGAGACCAGACCUGGACUAAGCUGUACCAAGGAAAACAGCCCAUGGGUUCUCCUGGGAGACAGGGACUAUGCAGCCCAGAACCCCCAGCCGCGGUCCCCAGCAGGGCAGCUGUGCCAACAGGCGCCCAGCAGACAGGCUGCAGGAGUCCCGUACGCCUGUCCUGCCGGCAGUGGCUGUGCGCUGCCGGUGUUUGCUGAUACAGGUAGGAAGGGACCCUUCGUUAAUAUUUGACUUUAAUAAGUUGGUAAGGAUAUAUUUUUCUUUGGUCUAUGUUCUGUUUCAACUUAUGUAGAUUAUUAUAAAUUGAUGUAAACCACGUGAAAGGAAAACGUUAAUAAAAAAAAAAAUGCAAAGCGCCAACAUUUGCACAGAACUCA